AUCUAUGGGUGAAAAAAAAAUCGCCGGAGCUUGUGGUGGGGAAGAGACGAGGGGGUAAUGGGAAUCAUCUAGCCCGGGGUCUUAACGUACCCCCCCGAAAAAUCAUAUUCACACGUAAUACUUAAUAUCGCUGUUACGUGGUGAUUUAUUUUGGUCUUGCGUGGGUGGAGGUACAGUGGGGUGGACCGAGUGAAAAAAUAACGCCGGUCUCAACUAUUUUUGAAAAGCUGAUUCAACCACGCCGUCAGAAUUCUACAGGGCAUUCCUUUUAUUCCCGUUUUCACGUCCCCCCAUUGAAAAACAAGAGGUGAACGAGUUAUUGGAGGUGAUUUAAUUGGAAUAAAACACGAGGAUGAACGACAUGGAAGCCUAUGGUGACGGCUACAUGGAGCCCGAGGAGGAGUGGGAACGAGAGGGUCUUCUCGAUCCUGCAUGGGAGAAACAACAGAAAAAAACAUUCACAGCAUGGUGCAACUCGCACCUGCGAAAAGCAGGAACUGCCAUAGAAUCGAUCGAGGACGACUUCAGGAAUGGCCUGAAGCUGAUGCUCCUGCUGGAGGUGAUAUCCGGUGAAACUCUGCCAAGGCCAGAUCGUGGCAAGAUGCGUUUCCACAAAAUUGCUAAUGUAAAUAAAGCACUGGAUUACAUCGCGAGCAAGGGAGUGAAACUGGUGUCAAUCGGCGCCGAAGAAAUUGUCGAUGGCAAUCUGAAAAUGACCCUGGGAAUGAUCUGGACAAUUAUCCUCCGUUUCGCCAUCCAGGACAUUUCCGUCGAGGAAAUGACUGCCAAAGAGGGUCUCCUCCUCUGGUGUCAGCGUAAAACUGCGCCCUACAAAAACGUCAACGUCCAAAACUUCCACUUGUCCUUCAAGGAUGGUCUCGCAUUCUGCGCUCUCAUCCAUCGUCACCGUCCUGAUCUCAUCGAUUACAAUAAACUCAGCAAGGAUAAUCCACUGGAGAAUCUCAACACUGCUUUUGACGUCGCUGAGAAGUACCUUGACAUCCCCAGGAUGUUGGAUCCCGACGACAUGAGCAACACAGCAAAACCCGAUGAACGAGCUGUUAUGACCUACGUUUCGUCGUAUUAUCACUGUUUCAGUGGUGCACAAAAGGCUGAGACAGCAGCAAACCGAAUUUGCAAGGUUCUCAAGGUGAAUCAGGAGAACGAGCGUUUGAUGGAAGAGUACGAGCGCCUCGCCUCCGACCUCCUCGAGUGGAUCCGAAGGACAAUGCCCUGGUUGGCCAGCAGACAAACCGACAAUUCCCUCGCCGGAUGCCAGAAGAAGCUCGAGGAGUACCGUACUUAUCGUCGCAAGCACAAACCACCACGCGUAGAGCAAAAAGCCAAGUUGGAGACGAAUUUCAAUACCCUCCAGACGAAACUACGACUGAGCAACAGGCCAGCUUACAUGCCCACCGAGGGCAAGAUGGUAUCAGACAUCAACAAAGCGUGGAAGGGCCUUGAACUAGCUGAGAAGGCAUUCGAGGAGUGGCUGUUGUCUGAGAUGAUGAGACUCGAGCGUCUCGAGCACUUGGCCCAGAAGUUCAAGCACAAGGCCGACGCCCACGAGGACUGGACUGCUGGCAAGGAGGAGAUGCUCACCUCCCAACAUUUCAGGCAGUGCAAACUCAACGAGCUCAAGGCCCUGAAGAAGAAGCACGAGGCCUUCGAGUCCGAUCUUGCAGCUCAUCAAGAUCGAGUUGAACAAAUUGCUGCUAUUGCUCAGGAGCUCAAUACUCUUGAGUACCACGACAGUGCAUCGGUGAACUCUCGUUGCCAGCGUAUCUGCGAUCAGUGGGAUCGUUUGGGUACCCUAACACAACGCAGACGUCAGGCCCUGGACGAGGCGGAGCGUAUUCUCGAAAAAAUUGACGUUCUCCAUUUGGAGUUUGCGAAACGUGCAGCACCAUUUAACAACUGGUUGGACGGUACAAGGGAGGACCUGGUGGACAUGUUCAUUGUCCACACGAUGGAGGAGAUUCAGGGGCUUAUGGACGCGCAUGCAGCCUUCAAGGCGACCCUCGGAGAGGCCGAUAAGGAGUACAAUUCAAUCGUCGGUCUAGUUCGCGAGGUGGAAUCGAUUGUCAAACAAUUCCAGAUUCCAGGUGGUCUGGAGAAUCCGUACACAACCCUGACAGCCCUGGAUCUCACCAAAAAAUGGAGUGACGUACGACAACUAGUACCACAACGAGAUGGAACACUGCAGGCAGAGCUGAGAAAACAACAGAACAAUGAGCUACUCCGAAGGCAAUUCGCUGAGAAAGCAAAUGCUGUUGGUCCCUGGAUCGAACGCCAGUUGGACGCAGUGACGGCUAUUGGUAUGGGACUGCAGGGUACACUCGAGGAUCAGCUACAUCGUCUGAAGGAGUACGAACAGGCUGUCUACCAGUACAAGGUUCACCUCGAGGAGCUCGAGAAAAUUCACCAGGCUGUCCAGGAGGGAAUGAUCUUCGAGAAUCGUUACACCCAGUACACCAUGGAGACACUUCGUGUUGGUUGGGAGCAGCUCCUCACUUCGAUAAAUCGAAACAUCAACGAAGUGGAGAAUCAGAUUCUCACGCGUGACUCCAAGGGCAUCACUCAGGAGCAGCUCAACGAGUUCCGCAGUAGCUUCAAUCACUUUGACAAGAAUCGAACAGGAAGACUCGCUCCAGAUGAAUUUAAAUCCUGUCUGGUUUCACUGGGGUACUCCAUCGGCAAGGACAGACAAGGGGACAUUGACUUCCAACGAAUUCUCGCUAUUGUCGAUCCUAACAGCUCUGGUUAUGUCCAGUUUGAUGCUUUCCUCGACUUCAUGACACGUGAAUCCACGGACACAGACACCGCUGAACAAGUUAUCGACAGUUUCCGCAUUCUUGCUGGUGAUAAACCGUACAUUCUUGCUGAUGAAUUGAGACGGGAAUUGCCACCUGAUCAGGCUGAGUAUUGCAUCCAGAGAAUGCCACCUUACAAGGGACCCAAUGCACAACCCGGUGCUCUCGAUUAUCGUUCAUUCUCGACUGCUCUUUAUGGCGAGUCUGAUCUAUAAAAUUUCGAUGGGCUUUUCAUUAUUGACGGGGACGCGACGAUUUAAAACGAGAGGUGAAUCAUCCUGUGGACGAACAAAUGGCGUUUAAUCACCACUGGGUGGAAUCAGUUGUUUUAUUUUUCGGAGGGAUUGAUAUUGCUCGGACACUGGACGAUUCAUCUCGACUGACGAAAUAACGACAGAUUGAAAAAUGGCUUCCAGAUUUAAAUAUUCAUCAUUCAUUGUUCAUGAGAGAAAAGGAAAACAUCUAUGAAGCAUAUACGUACGAGUCUUAGUCAAUGUAGCGAGUGCUAUUGGUACUGAAGUACUGAAUUUGCCAUAUCUAUCAGCCAAAUAUAUAUAUUUUUCUCACAUCGGUAAAACCACUGAAUCCUCGGGGCUUCCUGAGAUUUAAAAUUAUUUCAAAGGUAUUUCGUACACCAAUGAAACCUAAUAAUUGUGAAAUCAAAAUUGAAUCGAGUGAAAAUUUUGGGUAAAAUAUCAUGAUAGCCCCGUGCUCGAGUGAAAAAUAAUGCCUAUUUUUUUACGACCUGAUUAAAAAGACGAACGGCUGUUAGCAACACGAAAGAAACGAUUAGAUAAGCCGUGCAGCGUAAAUGUAUUUUGUAAAAGCUAUAUAUCGAGGCGAUCUAAGGAUGACGCGAAGCAAUGCGUCAGUGAGAAAUUGACAAAAUGAUAAAGCAAGAGAUAAGCAAAACGAGAGGAGGAAUCAAUUUUAUUUAUUUAUUUGAUUUAUUUAUUUAUCGCGGCGACUGGAUGACGACAUUACUCGAUUAUCAGUCGUCACGAGGGAGAAACACUCUUUUUUUUUUCAAGGUAUUUAUUUUUAUAAAUAUUUUUGAGGCGACGAGCUUUUGAUUUUUACCAGAACCGAUAACUGUAAUAACGAGAGAGUUAAUCAUUGGAAUGAAGUAAACAACAGUUUCAUUAAAUAUUUGUACAUCUGUUGCCGUCGAUGGACGAUUAAAAUAGAUAUGUACGAUUCACGUAUUCGGGAUAAUCGAUAAUCAAUGGGUCAAGUGUCAUUUUUAGUUUGAAUCAAUUGUCAAAAGGAGGAUAACAGUUUAUUUUGUUUGGCUUGAGGCUUCAACGCUUUGUACUAUUAUUUCUUUAUUCGAUUUCAUCAUUGUCCGAUGUCACACGAUCAUUUACACCAUUCGAUCUCUUCUCUGUUCAAUUUCCGGAUUAUCAUAAAUGGGAAACGAGAGGUGAUCGAUAUAAUUGGAGGAUCAUGAGAGAGGAGAGAACAUUAAAAAAAAAAGUGCUCACGAGUCACCCACACUUCGCAUACCGCCACGCACAAUUGCAUUACUGUCAUUUACCUUAUUUUACAUUAUACUUUUAUUGUAAUUAUAUUUAAAGAAACACGAAAUAUAUAAUUAAUUUAAAGAGUGUAACGGAAGUCAGAUUUAUGUCGAUGACAGAUUUCAUUAAUUUCGUUCAACUUCUGCUGGGGAGUGUGAAUCAACGUUGAAUACUGAAUUUAUGAGUAAAUAUGUACUUUUGGAGGAAGAAAAUAAUGGGAGAUACGUCGAUGAAAUAAAGGAGAGAAAAACAGAGAGUUUUGAGAAA